AUGGAGUCACAAAAUAUAAUCACAGUUGAAUCGCAAGAGAAAUGGACAGAAGAUGAACUAGUAGAAUUCGAGAGAGUAGGAACAAGGCUUCUCAGUGAAAUUCUCAGAUGCCAUAAGAAUACUGCAAGAAACCUUAGAAUAGUAUAUACUGGGACCUCAAGAACGACAACGUGGAGGCAAAAAAAAAAAUAUAUAAAUGAUAAAGAGAACACAAAAGGAAUCAAAAAACUUGAAACAUUUUUUCAACCAAGUUCAUUAACAACUUCUCAACUAAUUUGUCAAGAAUCUUAUACUUCAGAAUCCUUAUCAUUAUGCUCCUCUCCAAUUAUUAUACCAGAUUCAUCUUUGUGGUCGACUGAAAAUUUAC